CGCAGACACCGUACGCGAACGCGCCAUUUUUGUUGGAAAAAAAAAAGAAGAGAAAGAACUGGAAAAGGGCUGCUGUUAAGGUGGGAAAAAAAUCACUUCUUUUUCGUAUCUUUUCUCCCUUUCGUCGUCGUCGCCGUCCAGUUCGUCAUCCUCCCUCGAUCUCCUUUCCACGAGACCAAACGAACUGAAAAUUUUCGUUACUACGACCUUGCUCGAUUCCGACAACCCCCGUUCAACGAUGAUUUCGUCGAUUCUUUGAUGCCACCUCCGGCGGCCGAUAUGGAGAACGGCGCCGUCGGGUCGCCGGCGGCGGAGGUGGAGGCCGGUGCAUCUCCGGGGAGCUCUCCCGUGAUAAAGACCAAAGGCCGUGGGCUCCGUCGAUGGCGCCGUAUCCCGCGGGAGCAGCGCAAGGAAGGAUCAGCCGCCUCCGCCGCCGCCGGCAGCGGCUCGGCGCAGCUGCACAAGCGGCGGAUACCCCUGCCCGGCGGCGCGCCGAGGGGGAAGCUGCACGAGGUGGUCUUGGAGGAGGAGGAGGAGGAGAGCUCCACCGCCUCCGUCGAGUCCCGCUUCGUCCCGCCGGCGAAGCUGGAUCCGAGCCUCGGCGUGCUGCUCGUCGCCUCCUCGGGAUUCUCCGUCGGCGCGGGCGGCGCCGACUCCGACCACAGCGAGGACCGGAGCAGCGGCAGCAGGUCCUCCACCGCAGCGAGCGCCCCGCGCCGCCACAACGACCUCUCGCCCUUCGCCGCCGACAGGGCAGGGCGCUCCUCCCGCGCCGCGCGCGCGCGUGCCGCCGAGGCGCAGUACUCGCUGCGCUGCUCUAAUGCCGUGAACUCCCGGCGGCAAUCGAUUGCCGGCAAUGGAAUCCACAAGGUUCUUGCCGAUCACUGUGAUCACGGCGAGGAGACGCCAUUGAUGGCCAGAGAUUACUGCAAUGUGGAGAAUGGGAGCGUGGUGGUGAGGAGAUUGGCACAGGGGAGUGUUGAUUCGGAUGCUGAUGCUGCUCAGAGGAGUGUGGGGAACAAUGGUGACCUUGGAUCAGGGAUGAAGUCGAGUGCUGAUCCGUAUGCGGAAUCGAUUUCAUUGCUUCAGAGAACGCAAGAAGCGCUUGAGAAUGAGAUUAAAAUGUUUGCAGUGAUCAGUAAAGAGUCAAAUGAUAAUUUUGAUGGAAACGACGAUGAUUGGAGUGGUUUAGUCGAUCUCGCGGAACCUCUUGAAGGAACAAGUCAAAAUGUAAAGGAUCCUGAGUCCAGACCAGAAGAAGCAUCUUACCUUGGUCGGCUCUUCCUGGAGAAGACAGAAGCCGAGAUUAAGAGCAUCAUCCUGACAAGAGCUGCUCAAACCUGGGCACCUCUAGUUGACGAUCAAAUAGCUCUCUAUAACGCGCAGAAAUCUCUGUCGGGGGAUUACAAGCAGCUUGAACUUAAACUACAGCAUACCAAGAACCGAGCGGCGAUGUUAGAAGAGAUGGCGGAGAAGCUAAGAGCUGAAUGCAGAGUUCUGUCUGGGAGUUCAGAAGUCCUGCGGUUGCAGUCUAGAGCAAGCAGAGUUUCACUCUUUUGUUUCAUCCAGUUUGUUCUGCUGUUUACUGCUGUAGGAACCUUUCUUGCACGGCUCUUGCCCUCUCCUACUGAGUAUGUACCUACUUGAGCUUAGAGCCAUGGAAUCACCGAUACACGAUACAUAUGCAUCAGGAAAUAGAACUUGCUUUCAUAAAUUUUCCCUUGUACGGAGUAGUAUUUUAGGACAUGAAGCUUGUAAAUUUUCUUUGUAACUAUGUUUUCGGAAAAGAAAUCUCUGGCUCAGCAGUCCUGGGUUAUCCAGUUAUCAUUUUGGAAA